GGAUGUGCCUUCAUUUUAGCCGUGGGGCCAAGAUGGCGGCCUGUUUUAGGCUUUAGUUUAAGGAGUAAAACAAAACGCCGAGGAAUUUAGUGAAGGGCGUUUAAACACUGCAAGAAACCAACUGACCAGACGAGAAACGUCUAAAAACCAGAGGAGCUGUAAGCGGACAUGAGGAACAAGGUUGAAGAAGAAGGACAUAGUCAAAUGUUUUAUUUCAGAUUAAACACGACAAGCCAAUUUGAAGGGAAAAUAAACUACAUACAAAUACUAGUUUAAAAAAAUAAUAGUAAUAAUAAAUAAAUCAGGCCAUACCGCGACAGCUGGAGCUAUUUAAAAUAAGUACAGGGAAUACGCUUCACGCUUGGAACGAAUUAUUUUCUUUUUUUUUUUUUUGUAUUUUUUGUAAUUUCGUUACAAUCAUUUUUUAACAAGAACGAGUUUUAUAUAUUGUAUUCAUUAUUUUCCAUUGUUUUUCGGGGGCGGGGUGGAUUACUACAACCUAUUUGAACCAGAAGAAAGGAGAAAUGAAGAAAUAUACAGAACUGCCUUGGUGCCCCUGAAUCUUCACGCCCAACAAAGGCAACAUUGCCCUGCCCUUCAAGACCCGAACAGUAGUUAAAGAGAACUGAGAAGGGAUUAUUUUAAAAUAAAAAAAAGUAAAAAUCAAAAAACGGAACAUUCCCUUUGUUUGAAGAAGUAAAAGAAAACUGAUACAAAAAAGAGACAAAUGGGACAAUAACAAACAUAAAACAACUGACUAUGUCCUAAGAAAAGAAAGAAGAAAAAAUAAAUACCUCCUUUUUAAAAUCAAACCAACCAAUCAGCAAACAUUCCGGUAGUCUAGAGGCAAAGUGAUGACAUCACAGAACCACCACAACAUCAACAACAGCACCUCCCACACACACAAUAACACUCACAACUCUGCCACACACAGCUCGGCUUGGCUGAUCCCCAGGUCAUCCAGCAGCCCCGCCCCUCUCUCUGCUGUCCCUGCCCCCUCCCCGGGCCCCUCCCCCUCAAUGGGUGGGGUGGCGUGUGGGCGUGGCCUCUGUGUGUGGCCAGACGAGGCGGUGGACGGCUCGUACGGCCUGUACUCUCUGCAUCGCAUGUUUGAUAUCGUGGGCGCCCAGCUGACUCACAGAGACGUGCGCGUGCUCUCCUUCCUGUUCGUGGACGUAAUUGACGAGUACGAGCGCGGCGGGAUCCGCGAUGGGAGGGACUUCCUGCUUGCGCUGGAGCGGCAGGGUCGCUGCGAUGAGACCAACUUCAGACACGUGCUGCAGCUGCUGAGGAUCAUCACCAGACACGACCUGCUGCCCUAUGUGACCCUGCGCAGGAGGCAGGCUGUGUGUCCAGACCCUGUUGAUAAGUACCUGGAGGACACGUCUGUACGUUACGUUUCUCCCCGAGAUGUUGCUGAAAGCAGAGGGGUCUCUCAGCACAGACGCACAGGCCCCCCGCCCCUGCUGUACUGCCCCCCUGUCAGACCCGCGGUGUGUUCAGGACGAAGCAAACCCACCCCUAGCACCCCCAGCAGGAAGAGGAAGAGAGCGCACAGUACAGCCGACUGCAGAGAGAAGCAGACCUGUGAUAUCCGGCUGCGGGUGCGUGCUGAGUAUUGCCAGCAUGAGUCUGCCCUGACAGGGAACGUCUUCUCCAACAAGCCUGAGGCUCUGGAGCGGCAGUUUGAGCGCUUCAACCAAGCCAACACCAUCCUGAAGUCGCGGGACCUCGGCUCCAUCAUCUGCGACAUCAAGUUCUCGGAGCUCACCUACCUGGACGCCUUCUGGAGGGACUACAUUAACGGCUCGCUGCUCGAGGCGCUCAAGGGCGUCUUCAUCACAGACUCCCUGAAGCAGGCCGUCGGACACGAAGCCAUCAAGCUGCUCGUCAACGUGGACGAGGAGGACUACCAGGCAGGCAGGAGGAGGUUGCUGAGGAACCUGCUCAUAGGGAGGGACGCCUCUUAACUGUGAGAGUGUGUGUGUGUGUGUGAGAGAGAGAGUGGCUGUGUGUGUCUUGAGAGGAUUUUUGGUAUUCAUUCGUAUCCCCAAACACUCACUCCCUGUCUAUCUGUUUUUCUGUCAUUGGAGUGAAGCAAGGAUUGCGUUAAUAACCUUGUGUGUCAAGCUUUUGUGUGUGAGUGAAAGAGUGUCUGUGCGAGUGAGUGAGAGACCUGUGUCCUUUGAGUAAUGAUGUUGUUGGAGUGCCUGUGAAUACUGUGAGCGCAAGCUACCUGUCGGAGACAGAAGGACUCUGAAUGAGAGAGAUGGAGAUAGAGAUAGGCUGGCAGGCUCUCGCGUUCUUGUCUCUAUAGAAGUACACUUAUCUCUCAUCAAUGUACUGUAUAUACUCUCCUUUAAAUAAAAUAUACAACAUAUAUACUA